UUUGUCAAAUUUGCCAACAUUGAGGAAGACACCCCUUCCUAUCACAGGCGCUAUGACUUCUUCGUGUCUCGGUUCAGUGCCAUGUGCCAUUCCUGUGACCACGAUCCAGAAAUACAAACUGAGAUCCGCAUUGCUGGAAUCAGGGGCAUUCAGGGAGUGGUUCGGAAAACAGUUAAUGAUGAGCUUCGAGCAACCAUAUGGGAACCUCAGCACAUGGACAAGAUAGUGCCAUCAUUGCUGUUCAAUAUGCAGAAGAUAGAAGAUAUUGACAGCAGAAUAGGCCCUCCGUCUUCUCCUACAGGAGGAGAAAAAGAAGAGAAUCCUGCUCUGCUGGCAGAGAACUGUUUCAGGGAACUACUAGGACGAGCAACCUAUGGAAAUAUGAAUAAUGCUGUCAGACCAGUAUUUGCGCAUUUAGACCAUCAUAGGCUAUGGGAUCCCAAUGAAUUUGCUGUUUCCUGCUUCAAAAUCAUCAUGUAUUCUAUACAGGCACAAUAUUCCCAUCAUGUGAUACAAGAAAUUCUUGGACACCUUGAUGUUCGCAAAAGAGACUCCCCACGAGUUCGGGCUGGCAUUAUCCAGGUUCUUUUGGAAGCAGUUGCAAUAGCAGCUAAAGGAUCAAUAGGUCCCACGGUUCUGGAGGUGUUCAAUACCUUGCUGAAGCACUUGCGCAUCAGUGUUGACUUUGAGCUGGGGGACAGGCGCAGUUCCACAGGAAGCGCCACUUUGAGCACGAGCUCCAGGGAGAGUGAUGAGAGGAUUGUCCAGAAUGCUAUUAUUCAAACAAUUG